GAAGUGGGACAUCACUGGAAUACCAUGUAAGCAUGCUUAUGGUGUGAUCUUGAAGCUGAAGCUUGAUGUUGAAGAUUAUGUGUGCCACUGGUUUCGGACACUUAUGUGGAGAAGAAACUAUACAGAUGGACUAAUUCCAAUUAGAGGUUCUCGGUUUUGGCCAGCAACAGAUUCUCCGGAUGUUCAUGCUCCACCUGAACCAGAAGUACCAGAAGAAGAAGCAGCAUCAAAAGAAGCAGGAAAAGAAUCAGCAAAGAAGAAGCUCACCAAGGCUGACAAGACAAGGAAGAAAGGUGUUAAUGAGUCUCCAACUAAGAAGCAACCAAAAGCGAAGAAGAGGAUCAUGCAUUGCGGAAUUUGUGGUGCGCCUAAUCACAACUCGAGGUUUCACAAGGAUGAUUCUUCACAGAUAUGUGUUUCUGUUUCAUUUUAA